UUCUUCCCUUCGCACACAGCGGCAGCCGUUCCCUCUCUUUCCUCUCUUCUACAGAUUCCUUUCUUUCAUCAUUUUCAUCUUUCUCUCCCUUCUCUUUUAGGAUUCUCGGAUCCAGGUUUCUUCUUCACCCAAAACGAACCCCUAAUCCUGUUCCCUUUCCUUCCGCUCCUUUGACCGCCAAGGAUUCUAGAUCUCCAUCACCUCCUUAUCUUCAAACAGUUACAGACUCAUAGGAAACCCAACGAAAUCUCUGAUCUCCUUCUUACCAACAGAAAUCAGGCUGUUCGGUUUCUUCCGACGGCUAUAAGCGUCAUUAGUCGCACAAGCCGAGAGGACUCAGUAGGCUUCUUUUCCUCCAUCUUGUUAUCUCUAAGCGCAGACUGAGGAUUCCAUCAGUUAAUUACUGAAAGGCGUACCUGAAACCUAUCUAUUUUCUUCACGGCAGCCUCCGCGCAUUCCAGAUCAUCUCCAUCCGCGUGCCCUCGAAGGUCUUCCCUUACUGAGACGUUUCCGGAAUAGGAAGUUAGUUUCUUCUUCAGGCAGGUACUAUGAGGUCCAUUUUCUGUGGAAACUUUGAGUAUGAUGCGCGUCAGUCUGAUCUGGAGAGACUUUUCAAAAAGUAUGGGAAGGUUGAUAGAGUGGAUAUGAAGUCUGGUUUUGCUUUCGUCUACAUGGAAGAUGAAAGAGAUGCUGAGUAUGCUAUUCGAGCACUUGAUCGUGCAGAAUUUGGUCGAAAGGGUCGUAGGCUUCGUGUUGAGUGGACAAAGCAUGAACGUGGCAUUAGAAGGCCUGGUGGUGGUGGUAGUGUUGGUGGUGGUGGUGGUAGUGCUGGUGGUGGUGGGGGGGGUUCAAGAAGAUCUUCAGGCAAUAUGAGACCUUCAAAAACCCUGUUUGUCAUUAACUUUGAUCCAUAUCAUACAAGGACAAGGGACUUGGAAAGGCACUUUGAGCCAUAUGGUAAAAUAGUAAGUGUAAGAAUCAGAAGGAAUUUUGCUUUUGUGCAAUACGACACACAAGAAGAUGCCUCCAAAGCCCUGGAUGCUACAAACAUGAGGUUUUUUACUUCACUCCUCAUCCCCACCCCUAAAAAAAAAAGGCAUGAUCGGAGGCGAUCCCCUAGUCCUUACAGACGAGAGAGGGGCAGCCCUGAUUAUGGUCGUGGUUCUAGUCGUAGUCCUUACAGAAGAGAGAGGGGCAGCCCUGAUUAUGGCCGUGAUCGCAGCCGAAGUCCAUAUGGAAGGGAGAGGGGCAGCCCUGAUUAUGGCCGUGGUGCCAGCCGUAGCCCUUAUAGGAGAGAGAAUGAUGGAGCUGAUCGAGGCCGUGGUUCUAGUCGAAGUCCUUAUAGAAAGGAACGUGAAAGUCCUGAGAAUGGCCGUGGCCCUAGUCAGAGUCCCUAUAGGAGAGACAAACCUAGUCCUGACAAUGCCCGUCGCAGUCCAUAUGCAAGAGAAAAGUCAAGCCCUGAGAAUGGCCAUGGCCCUAGCCAUAGUCCCUAUGAAAGGGAAAGGUCUAGCCCAGAAAAUGGAGGUACCCGAAGUCUAAUUUCAGCGCCUGAGACUGGGGCGAGCCCUUAUGGUGGUGCUGAAAGCCCUAUGCGCAAGAGAUAUAACAGUGGUUCUCCUGGAGCCGAGGAGUAAUUGAUGUUGCUCGUGAAAAAUUGGACGGGAGAGUAGAUGUGGUAAAACAUCAUUUGGCGUGGCUUGCAGAACCCAUUUUAGCAGAAAUACUGCUAAUGUUAGUUUGUGAGACAAAGUGUAUGUUGAAAUCACAAUUUCAGUAUUUUAGAUUUGACAGCUUAGUCAGUGCUAGUUUGUAUUUUAAUCAUUCAUGGCUUUCUUUCCGAAUCGUGAAUUUUUCUGUUAGUUCUGACUAUUUGAAUCAACUUUUAUCCGUUAAUUUCAUGUUUUUACCAUUAGCCAAA